AAUUUGGGCAUUAACCCAGCAAACAUUGGAUUCAGUACCUUAACAAUGGAAUCUGACAAGUUCAUCUGCAUCAGGGAGAAGGUGGGAGAGCAGGCACAAGUAGUGAUAAUUGACAUGAGCGAUCCAACGACACCAAUCAGACGUCCAAUUUCUGCCGAAAGUGCCAUCAUGAAUCCAGCCUCUAAAGUAAUUGCGCUAAAAGCUGGGAAAACACUUCAGAUCUUUAACAUUGAGAUGAAAAGUAAAAUGAAAGCCCACACGAUGGCAGAGGAAGUGAUCUUCUGGAAAUGGAUAUCUGUGAAUACAGUUGCCUUGGUGACAGAGACAGCAGUCUACCACUGGAGCAUGGAGGGAGAAUCGCAACCCCAAAAGAUGUUUGACAGACAUGCUAGUCUUGCAGGCUGCCAAAUUAUCAAUUACAGAACAGAUGAACACCAAAAAUGGCUGCUGCUGAUAGGAAUUUCAGCACAGCAAAAUCGUGUGGUUGGUGCAAUGCAGCUGUACUCAGUUGAUAGAAAAGUCUCCCAACCUAUAGAGGGCCAUGCAGCAGCCUUUGCAGAAUUCAAAAUAGAGGGAAAUACCAAACCUUCUACACUGUUCUGUUUUGCCGUGAGGAGUCCUGCGGGGGGCAAGCUACACAUCAUUGAAGUAGGUCAGCCAGCUACUGGAAAUCAGCCAUUUGUUAAGAAAGCUGUUGAUGUGUUUUUCCCACCUGAGGCACAGACAGACUUUCCUGUGGCAAUGCAGAUUGGAGUUAAGCAUGGUGUUAUCUACCUGAUCACAAAGUAUGGAUAUAUUCACAUGUAUGACUUGGAGUCUGGAGUGUGCAUCUACAUGAACCGUAUUAGUGCUGAUACUAUCUUUGUCACAGCUCCUCAUGAACCUACCUCAGGCAUUAUUGGUGUGAAUAAAAAAGGACAGGUGCUUUCUGUAUGUGUUGAGGAAGACAACAUAGUGAACUAUGCUACAAAUGUCCUCCAGAAUCCUGACUUGGGACUGCGUAUGGCUAUACGUAGUAAUCUAGCUGGGGCAGAGGAAUUAUUUGCCAGAAAGUUCAACACAUUGUUUGCUCAAGGAAGCUACGCAGAUGCUGCUAAAGUAGCUGCAUCUGCACCAAAGGGAAUUCUACGUACAAGUGAUACAAUCAGGAAGUUCCAGAGUGUACCAGCUCAGCCUGGGCAGGCCUCUCCCCUGCUCCAGUACUUUGGAAUAUUGCUUGAUCAGGGACAGCUGAACAAGUUUGAGUCUCUGGAGCUCUGUCGCCCUGUCCUACAGCAGGGCCGCAAGCAGCUUCUGGAGAAGUGGCUGAAGGAAGACAAGCUGGAGUGCUCAGAGGAGCUGGGAGACUUGGUGAAGACAGCUGACCCAACCCUUGCACUCAGUGUCUAUCUUCGUGCUAAUGUGCCAAACAAAGUGAUUCAGUGCUUUGCUGAAACUGGUCAAUUCCAGAAAAUAGUGCUGUAUGCUAAAAAGGUCGGCUAUACCCCGGACUGGAUCUUCUUACUGAGAAGUGUAAUGAGAGUUAGUCCAGAGCAAGGCCUGCAGUUCUCUCAGAUGCUGGUACAGGAUGAGGAGCCACUGGCUAACAUUAACCAGAUUGUGGAUGUAUUCAUGGAGAACAGUCUUAUUCAGCAGUGCACGUCCUUUCUAUUGGAUGCCCUGAAAAAUAAUCGCCCCGCAGAAGGCCACCUUCAGACUCGUCUCCUGGAAAUGAAUUUGAUUCAUGCCCCGCAGGUUGCAGAUGCCAUUCUUGGAAACCAAAUGUUUACACACUACGAUCGUGCUCAUAUUGCCCAGUUGUGUGAAAAGGCAGGCUUGCUCCAGCGAGCUUUGGAACACUACACGGAUCUCUAUGAUAUUAAACGUGCUGUUGUUCAUACUCACCUCUUGAAUCCUGAGUGGCUUGUGAACUUCUUUGGCUCUCUCUCGGUUGAAGACUCUGUGGAGUGUUUACGUGCCAUGUUGUCAGCCAACAUUAGGCAAAACCUACAGCUCUGUGUGCAGGUUGCUUCUAAAUACCAUGAGCAGCUUGGUACCCAGUCUCUUGUGGAGCUUUUUGAAUCUUUCAAAAGCUAUGAAGGACUGUUCUAUUUCUUGGGUUCCAUUGUUAACUUCAGCCAGGAUCCAGAUGUUCACUUCAAGUAUAUCCAGGCAGCUUGCAAGACUGGUCAGAUAAAGGAAGUGGAAAGAAUCUGCCGUGAAAGUAACUGCUAUAACCCAGAACGGGUCAAGAACUUUCUGAAGGAGGCAAAGCUCACAGACCAGCUUCCUCUGAUCAUUGUCUGUGAUCGAUUUGAUUUUGUUCAUGACCUGGUGCUCUACUUAUAUCGCAAUAACCUGCAGAAGUAUAUAGAGAUCUAUGUACAGAAGGUGAAUCCUAGCCGUAUACCAGCAGUGGUUGGAGGGCUUCUUGAUGUGGAUUGUUCUGAAGAUGUCAUUAAGAACUUGAUCAUGGUGGUUAGAGGCCAGUUCUCAACAGAUGAGCUGGUGGCUGAAGUGGAAAAAAGAAAUCGGCUCAAGUUGCUGUUGCCAUGGCUUGAAUCAAGGAUUCAUGAAGGCUGUGAAGAACCUGCGACUCAUAAUGCCUUGGACAGCCGUGUAGUUGGCAAAUACUGUGAAAAGAGGGACCCUCAUCUGGCCUGCGUUGCUUAUGAGAGGGGUCAAUGUGAUCUGGAACUCAUAAAGGUCUGCAAUGAGAACUCACUGUUUAAGAGUGAGGCUCGCUAUCUGGUGCGCAGGAAGGACCCUGAGCUCUGGGCAAAUGUUCUGGAGGAAAACAACCCAUUCAGGCGGCAGCUUAUUGACCAGGUUGUCCAAACAGCUUUAUCAGAGACCCAGGAUCCAGAGGAGGUUUCUGUAACUGUGAAAGCUUUCAUGACUGCUGACCUGCCUAAUGAAUUGAUUGAGUUACUGGAAAAAAUUGUCUUGGACAAUUCUGUAUUCAGUGAACACAGGAAUCUCCAGAAUCUGCUGAUCCUGACUGCCAUUAAGGCUGACCGCACUCGUGUGAUGGAAUACAUCAAUCGGCUGGAUAACUAUGACGCCCCAGAUAUUGCAAACAUUGCCAUCAGUAAUGAGCUGUAUGAAGAAGCCUUUGCUAUAUUCAGAAAAUUUGAUGUUAAUACUUCAGCAAUUCAGGUGCUGAUUGAGCACAUUGGCAACUUAGACCGUGCUUAUGAAUUUGCAGAGAGAUGUAAUGAACCAGCAGUAUGGAGCCAGCUAGCCAGAGCACAGCUUCAAAAGGACCUGGUGAAAGAAGCCAUUGACUCCUAUAUAAAGGCAGAUGAUCCAUCUGCCUACAUGGAAGUUGUUCAAGCAGCUAAUAGAAAUGAUAACUGGGAGGACCUAGUCAAGUUCUUACAGAUGGCCAGGAAGAAGGCUAGAGAGUCUUAUGUAGAGACGGAACUUAUUUUUGCUUUGGCAAAAACUAAUCGUCUGUCAGAACUGGAGGAGUUUAUUAGUGGCCCUAAUAAUGCCCAUAUACAACAGGUCGGUGAUCGCUGUUAUGAGGAGGGGAUGUAUGAAGCGGCAAAACUACUUUACAACAAUGUAUCUAACUUUGCUCGUCUGGCAUCUACCUUGGUGCACCUUGGAGAGUAUCAAGCAGCAGUGGACAGUGGCCGCAAAGCCAACAGCACAAGGACUUGGAAGGAGGUAUGCUUCGCCUGUGUGGAUGGAAAAGAAUUCCGCUUGGCACAGAUCUGUGGCUUACACAUAGUCAUCCAUGCUGAUGAACUUGAAGAGCUGAUCAGUUACUAUCAGGAUCGUGGCUACUUUGAAGAACUGAUUGCCCUUUUGGAAGCUGCUUUGGGCCUAGAGCGUGCUCACAUGGGAAUGUUUACUGAACUUGCAAUCUUAUACUCCAAAUUCAAACCUCAGAAAAUGAGGGAACAUCUGGAGCUCUUCUGGUCUAGAGUUAAUAUUCCAAAGGUGCUCAGAGCUGCAGAACAGGCUCAUCUGUGGGCAGAACUUGUAUUCCUCUAUGACAAGUAUGAGGAGUAUGACAACGCAAUAAUUACUAUGAUGAAUCAUCCCACUGAUGCCUGGAAAGAAGGGCAGUUUAAAGAUAUAAUCGCCAAGGUGGCCAAUGUGGAACUGUACUAUAAAGCCUUGCAGUUCUACUUAGACUACAAACCUCUGCUGAUCAAUGAUCUCCUGCUUGUAUUAUCUCCGCGACUGGAUCACACCAGGACUGUCAAUUUUUUCUCAAAGGUUAAUCAGCUACUUUUGGUAAAGCCUUAUCUGCGCUCAGUCCAGAACCACAACAACAAAGGAGUUAACGAAGCUCUGAACAACCUCUUAACAGAGGAGGAAGAUUACCAGGGCUUGAGAGCUUCCAUUGAUGCCUACGACAACUUUGAUAACAUAACAUUGGCUCAGCGUCUGGAAAAGCAUGAACUAAUUGAAUUUAGGCGUAUUGCAGCAUACUUGUAUAAGGGUAACAAUCGCUGGAAACAGAGUGUGGAGCUGUGCAAGAAAGACCGUCUCUAUAAGGAUGCUAUGCAGUAUGCUGCAGAGUCCAAAGAUGCAGAACUAGCUGAGAAGCUGCUUCAGUGGUUCCUGGAAGAAGGCAAGCAGGAGUGCUUUGCAGCCUGCCUUUUCACAUGUUAUGACUUGCUGCACCCAGAUGUAGUCCUUGAGUUGGCAUGGAGGCAUAACAUCAUGGACUUUGCAAUGCCUUAUUUCAUCCAAGUGAUGAGAGAGUACCUUACCAAAGUGGAUAAACUUGAUGCUUCUGAAAGCCUAAGAAAAGAAGAGGAACAAGUAACUGAACCCACUCCAAUAGUAUUUGGCCAGCAGUUGAUGUUAACAGCAGGCCCCAGUGCAGUACCUCCCCAGGCAAACUUCCCAUAUGGAUACACAGCGCCAGGAUUCACCCAGCCACCUGUUUAUGGUUUCAAUAUGUAACUAGUUCUGACAGACCUUCACUGUCUCUGUUCUCUUCCUUCCCGUCCCUUUUUAACUUCUCCAAGAAGUGUACAAUGGUCCUAAAGGCACAGAUGACCUUCAGUUGGCUGAACACACUUGCUGCCUGGCUCAGUGAGGAGACUUCAACAGGAUGCCUGCUACUGUUAUUUAUUGAUUAUUGUCCGGUUACAUUUCAGCCUCUGAAAGGCAGCUUUUGUUGAUGACAUUGUGAGACUCUUGUCUGAAGUUAAGGCACUAUUUCACUAACUCAUAUAGCAAUAACUGCUUGAAGCCAGGGGGAAGAGAGCAUAUUUUUCUUUCUUUUGCAAAGCCCAUUGAAGGCAGCUGGGAAAUUGCCUGGCACCAAGUUGUUAAAGCUUUAGCUGAAGCUACUGAAGUAGCAGGGUUGUUAACAAUUCAGUGAAGCAUCUCGUUAAUAAUGAAUUGUUGAAAGCUUGUGUACAUCUGACUACCCCAUUUUAUUUGCAGUCUUAUGUGCAAAAGAAAAUGGGCUUUCUAAUUGUGCUCUGAAUGUUUAGAGGAAUAUUGGGAAAGCUUCCAUUUUCCUGGACAAUAAUGCUGUUGGGGUUUGCUGUUGGAGUCUGUUCUAUAUUUUCUGGAGUAGAUAUGAGACUUGAAGAAAAUAAAUCUUCUCAUGCCAGAGA